UUAAUGGGGCAUUUCCAGCAGGUCCCUGUGCACAUGCUGCAGCACCAUUCAUGUCCAGAGGUCUCCAGCUGGCGUCACGUCGUCACAGCAACCUGCCGUCCACGUCCCGUUUUGAUCUCGUUUGUAGUUUCUUUUAAUUACAGAUGAUAGGUGCCUGGAGCACAGUGCCUACAGCCUCCUGCAGGGCUUUGCUGUGCAGGGCACAAUGCAGAAUCACAGAAUCACAGAAUGGCCAGGGUUGGAAGGGACCUCAAGGAUCAUGACUCUCCAACAAUGCAGGGAGCUGCUUGUUUUGUUUGCAAUGAAGUUUGCUGUUAAACUGUCAAAUGGAAGAGAGCGAUGGCUCUCGGUACCGCGCCGUUCCCUCCCGAUAGCAUGUGGGCUGCAGAAGUUAUUCCACUUUCCAGUGGUGCAACAACCAGCACCUCCCAGAGCUCGAAGCAUCGCUGAGUGUGGCAGCAGGUGGAGGUACCUCCGGCCUGCAAGUUGCACCAAGGACAAAAAAAAUAAUGUUGCACUGAAAGGGUGCAGAACCAAACCACCACCUCUGCCUUAACCCCACAUCUGUGUAAAAAAAACUCCACCCCGACAGCAAAAUGCUCUCAUGGAUGCAGGGAGCAGGGGAUGGAGCUGUGAGCCUCCUCACUCCUCCUGCACUGAUCAAAGCACGGCUCUCCCCAUUGGAUCCAUGGGUUCCCAGCUGGAGGUGGGGACACACAGGCAGCCGGACCCUCCCCUCCUCAGAUCUGUCAUCAGAUGGAGAAAAAUCCAUCCUUCCCUCCCCAAGUUGCUCACCCAACCCUGCAGAACUCGCAGGGGCACAGAAUGGGGGAGCGCUGCCCGGUGUCUGCUGGCCCUCCUCAACACGAUGGGGGUCCCGGAGCCGUGCCUGUGCCCCCAUCCCACCCCCGGGACAAGUGGAGCAAGAAAAUGGAUUUCCUCCUCUCAGUUGUCGGGUUUGCCGUCGAUCUGGGCAACGUGUGGCGCUUCCCUUACAUCUGCUACCAGAACGGAGGGGGAGCCUUUCUCAUCCCAUACACGCUGAUGGCUGUUUUUGGAGGGGUGCCCCUCUUCUACAUGGAGCUGGCCCUGGGGCAGUUCCACAGGACGGGCGCCAUUCCCAUCUGGAAGCACAUCUGCCCCAUCUUCAAAGGCAUCGGUUUUGCCAUCUGCAUCAUUGGCCUCUACGUCUCCUUCUACUACAACACCAUCAUUGCUUGGGCACUCUAUUACUUCUACUCAUCCUUCUCGGGCACCCUGCCCUGGGCGAGCUGUGACAACCCCUGGAAUACACCCAACUGCACCAACUACUUCGGGAGGAACAACGUGACCUGGACCAACUUCUCCAGGUCCCCUGCUGAGGAGUUUUACACGAGGAAGGUCCUGGAGCUUCAGAAGUCCGGCGGUCUGUACAAUGUGGGGGGGAUCCGCUGGCAGCUGCUCCUCUGCCUUUUCCUCAUCUUCACCAUCGUUUACUUCAGCUUGUGGAAAGGGGUGAAAACCUCUGGGAAGGUAAGAGGAAUCUGUGCCAAUGCUGCUGCAACCCUGAGCUCCUGCCUGGCUAAACUUGGGGCAUCGCCUCCUCCCCACCCCUGCAGCCAGGUUGUCGGGUGCUCGGUGCCGUGGCUGAUGGCUGCCCCUGCUGUAGGUGGUGUGGGUGACAGCCACGCUGCCCUACCUCGUCCUGCUCAUCCUGCUGGUCCGUGGGGCCACCCUGCCUGGAGCCUGGAGGGGGGUCCUCUUCUACUUGCGCCCAGACUGGGGCAAGCUGCUGAGCACAGCGGUGAGUGCAGGUGUCCCAUCUCUGCCUACUCUGCUCCCCUCUCCGAGGCCAGCAGCACACAGACCCCUCCCACAACGUGCACCCACCCCUGUGCACUGCUUCUGUAGAGAUGAAAUGCUCUGGAUGGGCUCUUGGAAAUGUAAAUCUAUAAUUGAAUCACCCAUCUCAUUGCUGCCACGGUUUGUUCAAGCCGUGUUCUCGCCCUGGCUUAACAAUAGGCUUCCUGUGGGUAAUUACCAGGCAACACUUGAAAAUUCUCAUUAAAGAUAACCAGGGCUACGCUGCUGCCUGGACCAGGCAUAGAGGCUUGAAGCUCCCUUUGGCUUCCUCUCCCCCUGGGCACAGCAUUCAGGGUUAGGGUCAGCGCAUCCCUGUGCCAAGGGGGGCCUGCUGUGGGGUGGGCAAACCACAGAGCACUCACCCAGCCUCCAGCUGCCUGUUGCUUCUGCCAGGUCUGGGUUGAUGCUGCUGCGCAGAUUUUCUUCUCCUUGGGUCCUGGAUUCGGUGUUCUUCUCGCUCUGGCCAGUUACAACCACUUCCAUAACAACUGCUACCGGUGAGCACCUGCUGCAAGAUGCGGUGCAGGCGUGGGGCUGUGCUAAAGCAGCUGCAGCAGAGCCCCACAGCCAUGGGCUGAACACUUCUGCCCAUUUCCCUGAUGGUGUGGGCAUGCAGGGAGGGCUCAGCCACUUGCCACAUCUCCCUGCCUUCUGUCUUCCAGGGAUGCACUCAUCACCAGUGCAGUGAACUGCCUCACCAGCUUCCUCUCAGGCUUUGUCAUCUUCACUGUGCUGGGCUACAUGGCUGAGAUGCGGGAUGUGGAGGUGGAGGAUGUAGCCAGAGACAAAGGUUUGCCCCCCUGCUUCAGAACCCCAUCUUGCCUGGCCUCAUGGUGCCCCUGCUGGAGCUGGGGUGUCCCUGUGCACCCAGGGGUGCAUGGAUGGCAGUAAGGGACAGGGUUGCUACACUCUAUGCAGUCCCACUGCUUGCCAGCAUCCAGAAGAAAGGCAAAACCAACUUGCACCCCUUCCUAGGUCCCAGCCUGCUUUUUAUCACCUACCCCGAAGCCAUCGCCAACAUGGUGGGAUCCACCUUCUUCGCCAUCAUCUUCUUCCUGAUGAUGAUAACGCUGGGGCUGGACAGUACGGUAGGAACCUCUGCAGCAGCACUGGCACAACAGCAGGGAGAAGAUUCUGUCUCAUCCCUGCACUCCGUUGGCAGUUUGGGGGUCUGGAGGCCGUGAUCACCGCCGUGAUGGAUGAAUACCCCCAGGUCCUGGCCCAGCGCAGGGAGCUCUUUGUCCUUGGCCUCAUCACAGUCUGCUUCCUGGGCUCGCUGAGCACCCUCACCUACGUGAGUACAGCCUGGGGAAGAUGUUGGCCUACGCUGUGCCCCAUUAGUGAGCACAGUGCCAUCCCACCAACCCACCUCGCUCCAGGGUGGUGCCUACGUGGUGAAGCUGCUGGAGGAGUUUGGUGCUGGCUGCUCCAUCCUGGCCGUGGUGCUGCUGGAAACCAUAGCUGUGUCCUGGUUCUAUGGUAAGAGGGGCACCAAGAUGGGACCUAGCAAUGGGAUGGGACCUAGCAACCAGAUGAGGCCUGAGCCCACUGGCUGCAGCUGCCUUGCCCCAUGAUGGCUCUGUGCUCCACAGGGAUCCAGCGGUUCUCCCAUGAUGUGAAAGCCAUGCUGGGCUUCACCCCAGGGCUGUUCUGGAAGGUGUGCUGGGUGGCCAUCAGCCCUGCCCUGCUGGCAGUGAGUAGUGCAUUUCGCAGCCCCUCCUGCUGCUGUGCUCCAGGGCAAAGCUUGGAGCUGGCAACCAGGCAGGAUUGCUGAGUGCAGCUCUGAGCCUUGUGCUGCAGCUGACCCACAGCUGCGGAGAGCCAGCAGGGCUGCUCAGAGCUGGAGCACAUCCGUGAGCUGCUUCCUGAUUGCCCUGUGUGGGUUCUGCAGUUUAUUGUGGCCAGCUCUCUUCUGGAGCAGCCACCCCUGGCACUUUUUGGCUACCAGUACCCAGCAUGGAGCACCUCACUGGGACACCUCAUAGGAGCAUCUUCCUUCAUCUGCAUCCCUGUCUACAUGGUGUACAAGCUGGUCUGGACACCGGGGUCCCUCAAGCAGGUCAGAGCUACAUCAGCACAACGCUGUCCCAGCUGUCACCCCUCCUUUUCACCAGUUUUUGGGACAUCUCAGAGCUCAGGGCUAUUGCAGCCCAAUGGAAGAGCAGCAGCUCCCGCUAGCAGAGCUCGAGGUCCCAUUGCAAGAAUGGAACCCAUUGCUUUUCUCUUCCUGCUUCAGCGCCUCGCUGUCUGCAUUCGGCCGGAGAAAACAGUGCGAGACCCCCAGGCAGAGGCGGUGGGCAUGGAGCCGGUCCUGUAGGACGAUGAGGGGAUGCAGAAGCUGCUCCCUGCUCCCAUGUAACACCUAUCAGGCAGGCAGAAGGCUGUCACUUCCACCACCCUCUCAGCUGACUGACCCCACAGCUGCGGGCAUUGCAAGCAUGCAGUGACCACGGUGCCUCCUGCAGUGCGGUGUGCGGGUGCUGCAUCACUGCUCCAUGCGUUGGUCCCCUUUCAAAGAGAAAACAAAGCCCCAGCUGUGAGCAGGCUGUGUGUUUUUUUGGCUUUGUGAGGUUCAUUUCCCCCAUGCUCCCCUUUGGGGUGAAAGCAGAAGCCCAAUGCAUAGCGAUGUCCCCAUGGUCACUGUCACCUUGUCUGGCUGAGGGAUGCCUGUGGUGUCACCACGCUGCUGGCUCCGUGUGCCCUCAUCAACUGCUGAACAGAAGUGGAGGGUGCAGCCAAGGGCUGAGGGCACACAGCGAUGGAGGGGACCCAGGGCUGGGGGGAACACAGGGAUAGGAGACACAAAGAGAUGGGGACAACAGCGGGGUGGGAAAAACAUGGGCAUGGGGGUGACGCAGGGAUGGGGGACACAUAGGGAUAGCAGAUAGUGGUGGCUGAUAGCGAUAGGACAAGGGGGAAUGGCUUUGAACUAAUAGAGGGGAGACUGAGGUUGGGUGUGAGGAAGCAAUUCAUCACUCAGAGGGCAGUGAGGCCCUGGCAGUGCUGCCCAGAGCUGUGGAGCCCCAUCCCUG